AUGAAGCUUCUGAUCUUAGCACUGGUGGCUGCCGCAUCUGCUGCCCCACAGGGAUACAAUCUACCGACUCCUUCCGGGCCAUCCUUUAACGCCGGCGGUUGUGGCGGUGGACAAGUGCGACACGUGGAUGGCAGCUGCGUCACACCUCAAGUGAACAGUCGUGUGUUCUUGUAUGAUGUGCCACCAAAUCAAGCUUCUUCCAGUCGGCCAGCAAACGUUCCGAAACCUAAACUCGAACGCAAUAUUGUUUUCGUCAGAAUUCCUGAUGGUGCUCAAGGACCAGAACCCAUCGUUGUUCCUCCUCCAAGGCAACAACAUGUCUUGUUCGUCCUUAACAAGCAGUCGGAACAAGGUCAGCAAGUGAUCGAGGUGCCAGCGCCACCACCUUCGGAUCCCGAAGUGUUCUUCGUGAACUACGCAGAAGGAGAGAACCCAACUCUUCCUGGAGGAGUAGACCUGCAAACUGCGCUUGGUGCUGCCUCUCAAGGUGGCGGUCAAGUUGUGGGAGGUGGUGGCAAUGGAGGCGGAAUCGGAGGUGGCAUUGGAGGCGGAUUCGGAGGUGGUAUUGGCGGUGGUAUCGGUGGUGGAAUUGGAGGAGGUAUUGGCGGUGGUAUCGGUGGAGGUUUUGGAGGCGGAAGUGGUGGUUUUGGAGGCGGAAGUGGAGGUGGUUUUGGAGGCGGAAUUGGAGGUGGUUUGGGAGGCGGAAGUGGAGCAAUUUGGGUGUAG